AUGUUGGACCAAAUCCACGACAUCGAAAGCUCACCGCACAUCGACCACCAUGGCUCCGACGACGGCAAACCCAUCCUCGAACCGCAACUCAAUGUCGGUGGGCAUGGUGCUACGCAGCGGCGGCUUAAGAACUAUCAUGUCACCAUGAUAGGAUUUUGUUCAGGGAUCGGGACAGGGUUAUUCAUCGGAACAGGAUCUGCGUAUGCGAGUGCUGGGCCUGCGGGCUUGUUGCUUGCAUAUCUGGUUGUGGGGAGUGUGCUUUGGUGUGUUAUGCAGAGUAUUGCGGAGUUAGCUACAGUGGUUUGUAACUCUUUGGCGUUUCUGUUCGAGGGGGAGUUGCUUACUAUGAUACAGAUUCCCACUGCUGGGUCGUUCCCGCAUUUUGCGAGCCGUUUUAUUGAUCCAGCUGUUGGUUUUUCUCUGGCUAUCAGCUAUGGGUAUUGUUAUACUAUAUCCAUUGCAGCUGAAUGCUCGGCAUCCGCGAUCCUAGUGGGCUAUUGGACUGACAUGUCGCCUGCCGUUGUCAUUUCCAUCAGUCUGGUUCUCAUCCUGGCUACCAACUUGCUGAGCGUACGUUGGUUCGGCGAAUCCGAAGUCAUCGCUGGUGCGAUCAAGAUUGCAUGCUUCCUCGGUCUCGUCCUGGUUUCGAUCGUCAUUACGUCUGGAGGAGCGCCAAACGGUGAGACCAUUGGCUUCCGCUAUUGGAAUAACCCAGGCGCAUGGGUGGACUACAACGGCAUCUCGGGACCAACAGGCCACUUCCUGGGAUUCCUCGCCUCAUUUGUCAACGCAGCUUUCUCCUUCAUCGGUGUUGAGGUGGUUGUUAUCACCGCUGCCGAGAGUAUCAACCCGCACUCGGCCAUACCCAAGUCGGCCAAACGGGUUACAUUCCGCAUCGCUCUCUUCUACAUUCUGGGCGCUCUUCUCAUUGGAAUCAUUGUCGACCCUAGGAACCCCGGUCUCGUGUCAGGCACUGGAAACGCCAACUCCUCGCCAUGGGUUAUUGCCAUCAAACAAGCUGGCAUAAGCGUCCUUCCUUCGAUCGUCAACGCUUGCAUUCUCAUCUCUGCCUGGUCGGCAGGAAACUCAUACUGCUGGGUCGGAUCUCGGAUCAUCGUCGCCAUGACCACGGAUCGCCAGCUUCCCCAAAUCUUUGGUCGUACAUGGAAGAACGGAGUACCAUACUACGCGGUCCUUGCGUCUUGGCUCUUCGGGCCUCUCGCAUAUCUCAGCCUGGGCGAGGGAGGCGCAGCGCAAGCUUUUGGAUGGCUAGUGAGUCUCAGCACUGUCGCAGGCUUGAUCGCCUGGGCAACAUUAUGUUUCUGUUUCAUUCGCUUCCACGCUGCUAUGAAAGCGCAAGGACUCAGCCGGGAUAGCUUACCUUGGAAGAGCCCCUUCCAACCUUUUACCGCGUGGUACGGUUUCAUCGGAUCUACUAUCAUUACGUUGAUCACUGGAUUCCCUGUCUUCUUGAAGGGAAACUGGAGCACGGGCGACUUCAUCGCCUCAUAUAUUGGCAUACCGCUUUUCAUCGUGCCGAUCAUCAUCUGGAAGUUGGUGCAUAAGACCAAAUUUGCUCGUGCUAACAUCAUCGAUCUCCAUUCCGGACGUCUUCGGUGA